UAUAAGCAAAAAAGGAAAUAACCGGCCGAGUUGAAAACAGAGCAGACACCAGGCGGCAGACCUCGCCGUCGCCGUCUUUUGAUCUCGCCUCCGCGCCGACAGGGAGGCUCUCUCCGCGCCCGCCGGCAUGGUGCUGGGCAACGUGGCCAUCGCGCUCGGCUCCGGCAUCGCUGGAUCAGUUCUUAUGAGCAAUGAGAAGAUUGGGGAUUUAUUGUCUGGUGCUUUCAAGUCUCUGAAGAAACAUGGGAAAGAUGGUGGGGACGCAAAGUCUGGCAGUGAUCAACAUACUGCUCAAUUGAUAUCUCAGGUCAACAAUCUCAGGGAGGAGAUAAAGUACCUGGCCUCGAGACCAGUUACGGUGGUAGCAUCUGCUACAAAAUCAGGACCUGGUGCAUGUACUUUAACAGCAAUUGUUGUUGCCGGGGUUAUUGGCUAUGCAUACAUAAAGUGGAAGGGAUGGAAACUCUCUGAUAUGAUGUUUGUGACAAAGCGUGGCUUAUCUGAUGCUUGUAAUGUUGUUGGCAGCCAGUUGGAUCAAGUUUCAGAUACUGUUGUUGUUACAAGGAAACAUCUGGCUGGGAGGAUUGACCGUGUGCAUAUUAGUUUAGAUGAAACCCAGCAGAUCAUCGAAGGUACAAGGGAUGAGGUUACAGUCAUACAUGGGGAUCUAAGUGCUUUCCAGGAGGAUUUAGAAUCAGUUAAUCUUGUUGUUCGAACUCUGGAGUCGAAGAUGGGGCGCCUUGAAUCCUCCCAGGAUCAAACGGUAGAUGGAAUACAUCACUUGUGCGAGUUCACCCGAAAAAUGGAACCUGUCCAGAAUAGAAAUGUUCAGGUGUCAUCAUCUAUUCCAGCAAGCAUCGAACAUUCUUCAGGGCGAAUUGUGAGGGCUACUUGUUUGACUCGUCCUGCUCCAUGCCUAGCUCUGGAAGAAAUCUCACCUGUAGCUAAAUCACCUAGAGCAGAGUUACCUCAGGUUUCACCCGCAGCUGAAUCCCCUGGAGCAGAGGCACUGCAGGAGCAGAAGGGUGUUAGCCGAACAUGGUCUACAAGCAGGGAAGGGUUGUCACUUGUCAUGUCGACCUCAACAGAGACUAGCAUGAACACAGCAAACCCAACAAGCUCAAGUCGAUUCGGUGGGCUUAGGCUACCUGGGCUCAGUUUUUUUAGGGCUCCUGCUUUAAGUUAACGGUUGCAAUGGAAAUGGGCAACAGCCCAGCCAUAGCAUAGCUUUGUGGUCACUUAGGUUGGUGGUAGAAGGAAGAAACGUGAUGCAAUACGGGUGGGUGAGACCCUCCACCCUUUUGUCCAAAUUUUGUAUAAGCAAAUCUUCUCUGUAUCUAGCAUCCCUGGGACGAACAUGUCAAGUUUUGCAUUGACAGAAAAGAAAGAGAUCGUUACUUA